AUGGCAUUAAACAUGCUUCUUCACCUUUUCUUGGUUUUAUCUUUGUCAGGAGCUGAUGCUGCGGUGUUUACAUUGCAAAAUAGAUGUAGGAACACCAUAUGGCCAGGGAUCCAACCCGGUACAGGAAAACCUCAACUGAUGAAUGGUGGCCUAAAGCUUAGGCCGGGUGAAACUGUAAAGAUCAGUGCACCAAAGGGGUGGUCGGGCCGCUUCUGGGGUCGUCGUUGGUGUUCCUUUGACAAAUCCGGUAAGGGGACGUGCUUCACGGGAGACUGUGGCGGCCGGCUGCAAUGUGCUGGGGCUGGCGGCGCACCGCCUGCAACCCUUGUAGAGUUUACCCUAGACAAUCCAGUGGAUUACUACGAUGUUAGCCUAGUUGAUGGCUAUAACAUGAGGGUUUCAAUAGUCCCUUUGGGUGGAUCAGGCCCUAAUUGUAAGACAAUAAGUUGUCUUUCGGACUUGAACAAACAUUGCCCUAAUGGCUUGCAAGUAAGGAAGAAUGGUCGUGUUGUGGCCUGUAAAAGUGCUUGCUUAGCGUUUAAUUCACCGGAACACUGUUGCACCGGAGCAUAUGGUUCCCCUGAGACGUGCAAGCCCUCCAGUUAUGCGAAGGUGUUCAAGGCUUCCUGUCCUACAGCUUAUAGCUAUGCCUAUGAUGAUCCCACAAGCACUUUCACAUGCAAAGGAGCUGAUUAUUUGAUUAAGUUUUGUUAAACUUAAAGCAAAAGAC